AUGGCCAGAGAGCCAAGGCAACGAGCCCACUUCUGGCAGCCUUUCCGUCUGCGGCACGCCGUCAACCCAGAGUGCCUAGCGGGCGAGCCUAUUUCCCUUGGUCGCAAUGCACCUUUCGGCGACCGGCAGGUUGUCAUGCACUCUGUGCUUUCUUCUUCCUAUUGGAAGUUGCAAUGGUCCUUGCUAAAGUGUCAGUCCGUCUUGGUCUGGUCUCCGCCUGCACUGCAGGGACGGAUCGACGACGACGCACCAUUCCGAGCCGAAGCCAGGCCAGACGGCGCCAUCUCCUCUCUGGCCGACCACAGAACUCCAAGCUCUCAGGCAAGCACAGCCGAGAAGAUCAACGUGGCUCGUUGCUCCCCGGGACGAUGA